CCGGCCAGCGCUGCCGGCGCCGAGCGGGCGCGGGAGAUGCCGGGCCGGACCGCGGCCACCUGAGCCGGCCGCCUCGUCCCCGCCUUCGGUGGACAGGAGGUGCGCCCCGAUGGCUGGGCGCACGGCAGCGGCCCCCCGGGGGCCCUACGGUCCCUGGCUCUGCCUCCUGGUGGCCCUCGCCCUGGACGUCGUGAGAGUGGACUGUGACCAGGACUCUCUGGACCCCAUCUACCUGCCAGCAGCCCUGGAGCUCCUCGAUGCCCCUGAGCACUUUCGCGUGCAGCGGGUUGGCCACUAUCCACCUGCCAACUCCUCUCUGGGCUCCCGUUCUGAGACCUUUCUGCUCCUGCAGCCCUGGCCCAGGGCUCAGCCGCUUCUCCGGGCCUCCUACCCGCCUUUUGCCACUCAACAGGUAGUCCCUCCUCGGGUCACUGAGCCCCACCAUCGGCCAGUCCCGUGGGACGUGCGGGCUGUAUCAGUAGAAAUGGCUGUGACUCCAGCAGAGCCCCAUGCGCGUGUCCUCUUCCACCUAAAGGGACAAGAUUGGCCGCCGGGGCCCAGCAGCCUGCCCUGUGCCAGGCUGCAUGCCACUCACCCUGCAGGCACUGCCCACCGGGCAUGCCGCUUCCAGCCAUUGCUGGGCGCCUGCGUGGUGGAGCUGGAGUUCCCGUCGCACUGGUUCUCCCAGGGCUCCACCACCCGGGCACAGCURGCCUACACGCUGGAGCCUGCAGCUGAGGGUCCUGGGGGCUGUGGCCCCGGCGGGGAGGAGGACCCUGGGGAGCAGGCCCUCCCAGUAGGUGAUGUGGAGCUGCACCCUGCGGACCCUCCACAGUACCAGGAGGUGCCUCUGGAUGAGGCAGUGACUCUGCGGGUGCCUGAUGUGCCAGUGCGGCCCGGCCAGCUCUUCAGUACCACCCUCCUGCUACGGCACAACUUCACAGCCAGCCUCCUGACUCUGCGGAUCAAGGUGAAGAAGGGGCUGCAUGUGACAGCUGCCCGCCCAGCUCAGCCCACCCUCUGGACUGCCAAGCUGGACCGCUUCAAGGGCUCUAAGCACCACACCACGCUGAUCACCUGUCACCGCACUGGGACCACAGGAUCAGGCUUCAGUAGCCCCCUUGAACUGUCUGAAUUCCUGUGGGUGGACUUUAUGGUGGAGAACGGCACUGGCGGAGGUGUGGCGGUCACUCGCCCCGUCACAUGGCAGCUGGAGUACCCUGGCCAGGCCCCUGAAGCCGAGAAGGACAAAAUGGUUUGGGAAAUCCUGGUGUCAGAGCGGGACAUAAGAGCCCUCGUCCCACUGGCCAAGACUGAGGAGCUGGUGAAUACGGCACCACUGACUGGAGCGCCCCAACGUGUCCCUGUGCGCCUAGUCACUGUGGACAGCGGAGGAGCCCUGGUGGAGGUGACAGAGCACAUCGGCUGUGAGUCAGCCAACACGCAGGUCCUGCAGGUAUCUGAGGCCUGUGAUGCUGUCUUGGUGGCUGGCAAAGAGAGCCGGGGUGCCAGGGGUGUGCGCGUGGACUUCUGGUGGCGUCGGCUUCGGGCCUCCCUGCGGCUGACAGUUUGGGCCCCCUUGCUGCCCCUGCGCAUUGAGCUGACUGACACCACCCUAGAGCAGAUCCGCGGCUGGAGAGUCCCUGGCCCGACCGAAGGGGCGCCGGAGUCGGAGGCUGCAGUGGCGGAGGAGGCCGAGCGGCGAGCUCGCGGCUGCCGCCUGCAGUACCAGCGCGCAGGCGUGCGCUUCCUGGUGCCUUUCGUCGCCCAUCCGCUGGACGGUGGCCGCCGCCUUACUCACCUGCUCGGCCCCGACUGGCUGCUGGACGUGACUCACCUCGUGGCGCCACACGCCCGCGUGCAGGACCCGCGUGUAGCCUCGCUGGAGGGCGGCCGCAUCCUAGUGGGCCGGGAGCCCGGUGUCACCUCCAUCGAGGUGCGAUCCCCGCUGUCUGACUCSAUCCUGGGGGAGCAGGCACUGGCUGUGACGGAGGACAAGGUCUCGGUGCUAGAGCUGCGGGUGCAGCCAGUGAUGGGCAUCUCCCUGGCCCUGAGCCGUGGCACUGCCCACCCUGGAGAGGUCACUGCCACAUGCUGGGCACAGUCAGCACUUCCUGCCCCAAAGCAGGAGGUGGCCCUCUCCCUGUGGCUGUCCUUUUCUGACCACACAUUGGCCCCCGCUGAGCUCUAUGACCGCCAUGACCUGGGCCUGUCCGUCUCAACUGAGGAGCCUGGUGCAGUUGUGCCAGCCGAGGAGCAGAGUGCCCAGCUCGGGGUGGUGGUGAGUGGGGCAAGYGCAGAGGGGCUGCCCCUGCAUGUGGCUCUGCAUCCACCGGAGCCCUGCCGCCGCGGCCGCCACCGUGUGCCCCUGGCCUCUGGCACUGCCUGGCUGGGGCUGCCCCCUGCGCCCACACCAGCUCCUGCCCUCCCAUCCAGCCCUGCCCGAAGCCCGCCAGCCACAGAGGCCAGCAUGGGGGGUGAACGGCAGGCAGCAGGCAGUGGCGGGGGCAGCGUCGUUGUGAGGGGCAAGUUCGAGCGGGUGGAGGAAGAGGCUGGAAAGGAGGACACCAAGGCUAGGGAGGAGGAGGAGGAGGAGGAAGAGAUGGUCCCUGCCCCUCAGCGGGUCACCGACCUAGAGCUGGGCAUGUACGCCCUGCUGGGAAUCUUCUGUCUGGCCAUCCUCAUCUUCCUAGUCAAUGGCGUGGUCUUCGUGCUGCGAUACCAGCGCAAAGAGCCCCCAGACAGCGCCACUGAUCCCGCCUCCCCCCAGCCUCACAACUGGGUCUGGCUGGGCACUGACCAGGAGGAACUGAGCCGCCAGCUGGACCUGCGGUCCCCUGGCCCACCCAAGGGGGAGGGGGGCUGCCCCUGUGAAAGUGGGGCCGGAGGGGAGGCCCCGACCCUGGCCCCUGGCCCUCCGGGGGGCACCACCAGCUCCUCGAGCACCCUGACCCGCAAGGAAGCUGGGGGACGGCGGAAGCGAGUAGAGUUUGUGACGUUUGCGCCAGUGCCCCCUGCCCCGCUGCCUGAGGAGCCUGUCGGGGCCCCGGCUGUGCAGUCCAUCCUGGUGGCGGGCGAGGAGGACAUCCGCUGGGUGUGUGAGGACAUGGGGCUCAAGGACCCCGAGGAGCUUCGUAACUACAUGGAGAGAAUCCGGGGCAGCUCCUGACCCGUCUCUGUCCCGCCAGGCCCAGCGACGUCAGCCACCAGCUCAGGCAGCAGGGGUGGGUGGGGGUCCAACCAAGCCRCUUGCCUGUCCCUCCUGCACCUUCUCUGGUGCUUGUUGAUCCAAGUCCCCUGCCUGGUCCCCUGCGAGGACUCCCACCCUUCUCCCUGCCCCUUGUCCUGGACCAUGGUUGUGAGGAAGGGCUUAGGCCCCUUGUUUAUGGGAACCAUUUCAUUCUAAUGUUGGGUACAGAAUAAACUGAGAAGGAAACC